UCUGAAUCUCAUCUUCAUUUUUCAGUUCUUCAAAACUAGAAUUAAUUGAGGCUAAAAUGGAGUCAUCAAAUGAGAUCACACAUCAAUCAGAAGAAACGGUACUCAAUCAUCCACAAGAAAAAGGAACACUAUAUGAUGAACAACCGAUCGAAGAAGAAGAAGAAACAGAUCAUUCACCAAUCGAAGAGGUUAAACUAGUAGUACCAGAAACCGAUGACCCUUCUUUACCAGUAAUGACAUUUAGGGCAUGGGUUCUUGGUACACUUUCUUGUACCAUACUUAUCUGUCUAAAUACAUUCUUCACCUAUAGAACUCAACCUUUAGUAAUAUCUGCAAUCUUAAUGCAAAUGAUAGUCCUACCAAUUGGUAGAUUCAUGGCUAGUGUACUUCCAAAAAGGAAUAUAAUAAUGCUAGGGAGAACAUUUAGCUUAAAUCCUGGACCUUUUAAUAUAAAAGAACAUGUUAUUAUCACAAUUUUUGCAAACUGUGGUGUUUCAAGUGGUGGUGGUGAUGCUUAUUCUAUUGGUGCUAUUACUGUCAUGAAAGGUUUUUAUAAACAAAACAUGAGCUUCCUUUGUGCUCUUCUUAUUGUCUUGACUACUCAGAUAUUGGGGUAUGGAUGGGCAGGGUUGUUGAAGAGGUAUUUGGUUGAUCCAUCUGAAAUGUGGUGGCCAUCAAACCUUGCUCAGGUUUCUUUCUUCAGAGCUCUUCAUGAGAAGGAUCCAAAUUCUAGGGGCCUAACAAGAAUGAAAUUCUUCCUCAUUUUCAUGGCGGCAAGUUUCGUUUACUACGCAUUACCUGGUUAUCUUUUCACAGUCUUGACCUUUUUUUCAUGGAUUUGUUGGGUAUGGCCCCAUAGCAUUACUGCUCAACAGAUUGGAUCUGGUCAUCAUGGACUUGGUAUUGGUGCUUUCACUCUUGAUUGGGCAGGAAUUUCAGCUUACCAUGGAAGUCCACUAAUUACACCAUGGGUUUCAAUUCUCAAUAUUGCAGUUGGAUUCAUUAUGUUCGUUUACAUAAUCAUUCCUAUCUGUUAUUGGAAAUAUAAUACUUUUGAUUACAGAAAGUUCCCUAUGUUUUCAAAUAAACUUUUCACUUCUGCCGGUCAAAAGUAUGAAAUCAACAAGAUCCUGAAUCCACAAUAUGGUCUUGACGUUGAGGCUUAUGAAAAUUAUGGAAAGUUAUAUCUCGGAACGUUAUUCGCUCUUUCAAUUGGAUCCGGAUUCGCAAGAUUUUCAUCUACUAUCGUUCAUGUUGCGCUCUUUCAUGGCAGUGCCAUUUGGAAACAAACUAAAUCAGCAUGGGAAAAUGUGAAUGUGAGAUUGGACAUACAUGCAAAAUUAAUGAAGGCUUACGAAGACGUCCCUCAGUGGUGGUAUCUUAUUCUCUUGGGAGGAAGCAUUGGUUUGUCUCUCUCAAUGUCUUUCAUUUGGAAAAAAGAUAUUCAGCUUCCUUGGUGGGGGAUGAUUUUGGCAUUCGUAUUGGCUUUUGUCGUUACCUUACCCAUUGGAGUCGUUCAAGCAACCACCAACCAACAACCGGGAUAUGACAUAAUAGCACAGUUUAUGUUUGGCUAUAUCCUAAAAGAAAAACCCAUUGCAAGUCUGCUUUUCAAAAUAUAUGGACGUAUUAGUACUGUUCAUGCACUCUCGUUUUUAUCCGAUCUAAAACUUGGUCACUACAUGAAAAUUCCACCUAAGUGUAUGUACACCGCACAGCUUGCUGGAACAAUUAUAGCUGGUAUUGUCAACCUGGGAGUUGCAUGGUGGAUGCUUGAGAAUAUCGAAAACAUAUGUGAUGUUGAUGGUCUGCAUCCAGAUGGUCCAUGGACUUGUCCAAAAUACAAAACCACCUUCAAUGCUUUUGUUAUAUGGGGUCUAAUUGGACCAGAAAGAUUAUUCGGACCAGGUGGAAUGUAUCGAAACUUGGUGUGGUUAUACCUCGUAGGAGCUGUUUUGCCAGUACCAAUUUGGUUGAUGAGCAAAAUCUUCCCUGAGAAGAAAUGGAUUCCAUUGAUCAACAUACCACUGAUAUGUUAUGGAUUCGCCGGCAUGCCUCCAGCAAGCCCUACAAACAUUGCUUGUUGGCUAAUCACAGGGAUGGUAUUCAACUACUUUGUGUUCAAGUACAAGAAAGGAUGGUGGCAGAAAUACAACUACGUUUUGUCGGCAGCGUUGGAUACUGGGACAGCCUUGAUGGGCGUGUUAAUCUUCUUCGCACUAGAUAAUAGGAAUGUGAUAUUAAAGUGGUGGGGAACCGAAGGUGAUCACUGUCCCUUGGCUACUUGCCCAACUCAACAUGGUAUUAUGGUUGAAGGGUGCCCAGGUUUUAAGUAAGUAGGUUGGUAAUACUUUGGAUAAUCAAUGAGCUCAAAGUGUGUUGAAAUCUUUAAAUUGGCUUUAGCUUUAAAUUUGAAUUGUAGUAAGAAUAGCUUAGUGAAGUGAAGCAGAGUCUUCCCCUUGAACAUUGAUUAUCUGUUAGGUUUGAUUAAUAAUACUUUUUAUGGAAAUUAUUAAAAUACUUCUGGUAUUUGUUGCCUUGCUGCUGGCGGAAGCUG